AUGCAGUUAUCGUUGUCUUAUUUCGCGGUUGCAACUGCCACAUCGGCUGCCUUUCAAUUGGGUCUCGACAGUCGUUCUGCUGGCAUCACCCCGUUCCAUCAAAGAUCUCAGUUCCAACUCUCAUUGCAGAAACCAUCAGGAAAUGACGAACAAGAGGAUAAUAUGCUCAACAAUCCCAUAGAACGUCGACAAGCGCUCAGGACUGCAUUAUUGUCAGCAUCGAUCUUGACUCCUACAGUAGCGCGGGCAUUCGAUCGAUCAUUCCCUGACGAAUUAACAGAGUCCGAUAAGAGUGUCAGUGUCGUAUCGAUUGGAGGCCGCUCUAAUGCACAGCAAAGAGCAACUGCUGCGAAAGAAAAGGAAAAGGCAAUGAAAAAAAACCUUAUCAAUCCGUUUUCUGUCGAUGAUUUAUUACCAUCUUUGGUGUGGAGCGGUGCCUUGUGGUUUCUAUCAGGCAGCCGUUCCAAUCCAUUGACGACUCCUUUAGGCAAUUUGCUUUACAACGAAGAAGAAGCUCAGUGGUUGAAGGAUAGAAAUGCUGGGCUAUUUGCUGCACCACCAUUCGAGUUCUUGGUUCUUUUGGGUCUUGUUUUUGUUGUCCUUGGUUUUGCAACUCAGUUUGCCUUGUUGCAAUUGGCAGAAGGAGAUAGUGUCGUAUGCUUUCAACUUGCCGGAGUUGCUCUCAUCUGGGGUGGAUUCUUUGAGAUUGGUCGAUUAGCUAGUGGUGAGAAGCGAGCUACUCGUGAAGAGUUUGAUCGCAGACUAGAGUUGAAGGAUGAGUUUGACGAGUUUGCGAAAGCUAGGAUUUUGACAAGUGGAAACUGUCACCGUUCCGAUGUUAUUGCCGCGUUUCGUCGUUACAAUGCCAAAUAUAGAGAUCCAGAAAGCACCGAGUACCCCCUGACAGACUUGGAGAUCAACAAACUCCUACGAAUGUGGAACGAACUUGAGAAUUCUGGCAAGGCGGAAAUGACGUCCUCUGGCUUUUGGUACGGUAUCGAAAUCAACAAAGAUGCUGAUAUUAUUGCCUCGCGACUGUAA